UCUGUGGACGGGCCUUCCGAACCGAAUGGAGAGCGCUACCACGAAACCCCCGGGCCUUCAGACUGGUGAAACCGAAGAAGCAUGCGCGACCGAUCCCGGUGAAGGCCCCGGCCUGAGCGACGGCACCACACCUCCCAAAAGCGUUGACCCUCGACAUCAACAGGAGGGAAAAUAUCAACUGUCCUGGACGGAUGUGGUCAGCCGACGAGCCCGAAAGCAACAACUCCAACUAUAGAGAAAGAAAAAGCAUCAGCAGCUGGGGUUAGCAACUACACCGUAGCCGGCAAGAUGACGGCAGCUGCAGGAAUCGCCCGAAGGGCAACAUGGAGGCAACCGGGGAUACCCGUCAAGAACAGGUGGCUCCGGUUUCCUCUAUAACCAAGAAAAUAGAAGCCGAUGGAAUCAAACACAGGCCCUGCGCCAGAAGAGGCUGCCACCACUCCCAGUUGACGACUACAAAGUGGUCACCCGGCCGAGAGAUGGACUCAAUUUUAGCUCCUGGACGACGGAAAAGAUCACGCAAGCCAUCAUCGCGAUCGCCCAACUGUCCGCCGCCGAGAUGGCCCAAGCCACCAUAAGGAUCCGUCGAGAUCAGAAUCGGGUCGUCGUGAGUACCACCAGCAUGGAAUCCUCUACCCGUGUACAACAGAUCUCAGCACUCACUUUUGGCACCAAGCAGUACGAUGUUACGGCGUACCUGGCAGUCCCCGACAACUCGUGCAGGGGCGUGAUCUCUGGUGUCGAAACGCGGCCUACGGCCGAGGAACUGACUGAAAAUCUACGUGCCACCGGGAUCAACAUCCUCUAUGCCCGGAUGAUGGGACAAACUAACACCGCUGUCAUCACCUUCGAAGGCAUCAAGGUACCACGUUUUAUGUAUCUAUCGGGCGGGGAAUACCCCUGCCGACCGUACCAGCCGAGGCAGCAAGUGUGCGGCGUGUGCCUAGGCCUGGGACACCGCACCUAUGUCUACCCAGAACCAGUACAGCGCCGCUGUGCUACGUGCGGCGCGCCCGGCGGAGCCCAUGAAUGCACUGCCCACUACGUUAACUGCGGAGGCGAACACCCGGCAACCGACCCUCACUGCCCAGCCCGCCAAAGGGCCCCCUACAACAAGGAACACGUCGCGCGGAAUCUGCGGGAGAAAGAGCAGCAACAACGAACUCCACCGUCGCCGCCCCCACCGCUUGGCGAGCCACCACUGUCUGGAACUACCAAGCUACAACCGUGUGAGCCCCGACUCCACCAUCCCCACUAACGUGGAAAAGAAGGAAUUUGAUCGCAGCAGCUCAGGUCCUCCCCCGGGACAUGUCCGAGCCACACCAAAAGGAACGCUAUUCCAGAAAUAAACGGCUACAAGCGACAAUGCCAACAAGGCCAAAACCCAGUCCUCGACCAGAUCGCAAAGCCAUCAGAGACAGCAACGACGGGCGGACCAGCAAACCCAACCAGAGAUCAACACCCCGGAGCCUGGACACAAGGGCGCAAAUGUGAGCUGGGCAGCGCGGCCUCCUAACCCUCCUCACUCCUCCUGUCCUGCAUGCCUCUCUUCUUUGCAAUACGUUGACGCUACUACCGUGGAGCGAAAACACCGCCAACCUCCCUCUCCCCCAAAGCAAAAAACCGCUCACGCAACUGACACACGAGCAACCGAAGGGUCCAAACAAAACACCCCCGCGAAUACCCAACAGCGAACGCCCAAUCCCUGCAAGAAUUCAGAACCGAAGAACCGAAUUCAGAACCGAAAAAAGAUUUUGGACGCUUCCGACAGGAACUUAGAGCUGAGGCCAAACAGUUCAUAGAAAAGCUAGGCCGAAACGCUCCAAAAACAACCACGUGACGAGCUACAUGCUCUCAUAACAGAGGUACGGCAGCAUCUAAGGCAGGAGAUAAGGAGGUUCAACAGCAAAUAAUUCAAUAAAUUGUACAGCAACUUCCCCAACUGGUCUUGGCCGCUAUCAGCGACCCCCGACGUAAUUCCCCCCAACCAGAUUAAAAAAAA